UCAGGUUCGUGUGCGCCGCGGUGCUGGGGGCUCGAGGACCGAGCGGAGCUGGUUGAGCCUUCAAAGUCCUAAAACGCGCGGCCGCGGGUUCGGGGUUUAUUGAUUGAAUUCCGCUGGCGCGGGAGCCUCUGCAGAAAGAGAGAGAGAGAGAGAGAGAGAGUGAGAAAUAGAGCGAGCGAGCGAGCGAGCGCGGAAGAUGGAAGUGGACAAGCGGAUUCAUUUAGAGCUGCGGAACAGGACGCCCUCGGAUGUGAAAGAGCUUGUCCUGGACAACUGCCGGGCGUCCGAAGGCAAAAUCGAGGGCCUCACAGACGAGUUCAAAGAGCUGGAGUUCUUGAGUACCAUCAACAUCGGCCUCUCCUCCGUCGCAAACUUACCAAAGUUAAACAAACUUAAGAAGCUUGAACUGAGCGAUAACAGAAUCACGGGGGGCCUGGAAGUAUUGGCAGAAAAGUGUCCGAACCUUACGCAUCUAAAUUUAAGUGGCAACAAAAUUAAAGACCUCAGCACGAUAGAGCCACUGAAGAAGUUAGAGAACCUCAAGAGCUUAGACCUUUUCAACUGCGAGGUGACCAACCUGAACGACUACCGAGAAAGCGUGUUCGAGCUCCUCCCGCAGCUCACGUACCUGGACGGCUACGACCGGGACGACAAGGAGGCCCCCGACUCCGACGCCGAGGGCUACGUGGAAGGCCUGGACGACGACGACGAGGAUGAGGAUGAGGAGGAGUACGAGGAAGACGCCCAGGUGGUGGAAGACGACGAGGACGAGGACGAGGAGGAGGAAGGGGAGGAGGAGGACGUGAGCGGAGAGGAGGAGGAGGAUGAAGAAGGCUACAACGACGGCGAGGUGGACGAGGAGGAGGACGAGGAGGAGCUCGGGGAAGAAGAGAAGGGCCAGAAGCGGAAACGAGAGCCGGAGGACGAGGGCGAGGAGGACGACUAGAGCGGAAGAUAACCUAUUUUG